AUGAAUUUAUUCAACUCGGCUCUUGGGAAAAACAUCACUUUUGUGCAUCCUGCAUACUUCAUAAUAAGUGGUUUUUCUGGCAUCCUCAAUAUCAAGUAUUACUAUGUCUUCCUCUGUUUUGUUUAUAUUGUUACAGUGCUUGGGAACACAGUUGUGAUGGCAGUAAUAUACUUCGAUCAUAAUCUGAGAACACCUAAAUAUAUUGCAGUCUUUAAUCUUGCAUUUGUGGACCUGUUUGGUAGCUCUGCUCUGAUGCCGAAGCUUCUGGACAUCUUUCUGUUUAACCAUCGAUACAUCCCCUACAACGACUGCUUGACAUUCCUUUUUUUCUGCUACAGCUGCCUUUGCAUGCAGUCAUUUAAUCUGGUUGCACUUUCCUAUGACCGACUAAUUGCCAUCAUCUUCCCUCUGCACUAUCAGGUGAAGGUGACCCACAGGUUCAUGCUGUCGUUGAUUGCCUCUUUCUGGGUCUUUGUUAUUACUGUUGUUCUUAUUGCAGUUGGUCUUCUUACGAGGCUUUCUUUCUGUGAGUCUGUGGUUAUUAACAGCUAUUUCUGUGACCAUGGCCAGCUAUACAGGCUUUCAUGUAAUGACCAUUCCCCCAGUUCUAUCAUUAGUUUUCUGUACCCUGUUCUUAUUUUUUGGCUUCCAUUAAUUUUCAUCUUGUUAAGUUAUUUAUAUAUUGGCUGCACUUUAGUUAAAGUGGCGACAGUUCAAGAAGGUCUCAAAGCCUUUAAAACAUGCAUAAGUCACCUCUCAUUGGUGGCAAUAUAUUUUAUUCCAGUGUUAAUCACAUUUACUCUGAUGGAAAAAAUACAUCCAAAUUUCAGGAUCAUGAACCUGUCCUUGACCUCAAUUUUUCCUCCCAUGCUGAACCCAAUCAUUUAUGUUUUGCAGACACAAGAAAUCAAAGUAUCAGUGAAAAGGUUAUUGAAAAUCAAAGGGAAAUCCAAAAUCAUAAAGAAAUGA